AAGCGGACGAAGCAGAACCUCAAAGCAAGGCUUUCAGAAACCAAGCUUGAAGAACCGAAGUAUUGCGACCCUUUUGCUUUUUGCCUGUGCCAGGUUCAACCUGUAGUACAGGGGCGGCCAUUAUCUCAUGCUAUGGCGCGGGCUUAGCGGAGAGUUAGGCGUUAUUGGUCAUGUUUCUCUGUACUUUUAUGAUUGAACUUUGCUUAUUUCUCACUUGAGUGAGGUCCCAAAAUUCUUGAGAUCUGGACAAGUAUGAAGGUGACGAUGCUGCUCAGCUUCAGGAAACGCGUGCUCGACAUGCGGCCAAGUAACGAGGUCUUGGUGCCUUCGAUACUGGUUACAUUAGGGGCUUUCGCUAUGGCCUGCUUGAGCAGUACCUAUGUGUACUUAAUCGAGCAAGCGGUUUGCCGGAAGCAUUUUAUGGUCAAGGAUCCAGCGAGGAUAAAUGGCGCGGGUUUGGUGGAUGAGGAGAGUUGCAAGAUACCAGAUAUUCAGGCCCAGGUUGCGAGCAUAAAUGGUAUUUACAUGUUUUUGGCGUUUUUACCCGCAUUCCUCUUUACUGGUCCUUAUAGACAGCUUGCCAAAGUUUUGGGAAGGAAGAUAGUUAUCUUCAUGAAUAUUUGCGGGUUUGUGAUUGAUUCGUGUUUCUUCAUCGCGGUGUGCUAUUGUUACACCGUUUUCGACAUUCGAUGGAUAUACUUGGCGCCAUUCCUGUGGGUGUUUGGCGGUGGAACGGUCAUAUUCCAAUCCUUACUCUAUACAUAUAUCUCAGAAAGUGUUGAUUCCAAGCAUUUGAGUGGCGUUUUGUACAAGUUGAGAGCUGUACAACUAUUAGCAAAUUUCUUCGCCAUGGGCCUCAGCGCGUACCUCCUUCGAAAAAACGUCUGGCUGCAGUGCUUCAUCGGAAUAGGGACCUUGGCCGUCAUGAUGCCGAUCACUGCACUACUUCACGACCACGUAGCACCGACGAAAGAAAAGAUCCCGUCCUACACUUUCUUCGAUUCCGACUCUGAAGACUCUGAAGACUGCGAAACGACAACCCUCCUCACAGACAGUCCGGCUCCAACCACCAAACAAACUUCGAUCCUCAUAACACUCAGCAACCCCCUCCUCGAAAACAUGACCCACACCAUAACCCUCUUCAAACAAAUCAUCCAAUCCUCCCCUUUCUGCCACACAACAAUGCUCACCUACUUCCUCCUCUCCUUCGCCAACGCAAUCGACAACAUUUUCGCGCAAUGGUCCUCCCUAACCUUCUCCUGGAUCCUCGCAGACGUGAACGCCGUCAACUCGCUCGGGACGCUCGUCUCGUUUACCGUCCUGCUCUCCCUCCCAAUCCUCUCAUCGAUACUAAAACCUCAGUUCGACAACUGCUCAUCGAAGGUCGAUUUCUUUAUGGUCAAAGCUUCCGUAAUAGCAUGGGGAGUCGGAGUUUUAUUUAUGGCGCUGGCACCAACGAGAAAGAUGCUGAUUGCAGCCGUAGUGGUGGGAAAUUUUGGAGCUGGGACGUAUGAUGCAUUGAGGGGCUUUGUGACGGGGUUGCUUGGUGGAAAGGAAGAGAUUGAGCAGUUUUAUGUGGGGAUUGGGAUCAUGGAGACUGUUGGGGGGAUGCUGGGCACGGUUGCUUGGAGUGCGGUUUUUAGAGAGGUGGUGGGGAUGGCGCAGUGGGUUUUGAGGGUGCCGUAUGGGUUUUGUGCUGUCUUGAUGGUGAGUGUUUUGGUGUGUGCGGUUGUGCUGGGGAGGGUUGGGAGGAGGGUGACGAAGACUAGAAGAUAGGCGAUACCCAGUACGAACUGGCUCUGAUCGACCUCAACCCGCUGCUUGGUUGUGGGAAGCAAUUGUGCAAUAUUACAACGGUAUACAAUUAUUCCUCCGGAGGAU